GGGCCGGGGCCGCCCCCGGGCGGGUCCGCCGGUGCCGGUGCGGGUCGGGCGAUGGCAGCGCUGCGGGUCUCGGCGCUGGCGCUGGCGCUGCUGGCGGGGGCGCAGCCCCGACCCGCGGCCCCGCGGCACCGGGAGGCGGAGCUGUUCCUGGAGAAAUACGGAUACUUCAGCGAGCCGGGGGCCAGCACACACAGCCCCGCCGAGUUCACGGAGGCGGUGAGGGACUUCCAGUGGGUGACCCACCUCCCGCUCAGCGGGAUUCUGGAUGCUCCCACGCUCCAUCAGAUGGCUCUGCCCCGCUGUGGCACGGGUGACGGGGAGAGCCGCGCUGUGUGGGCACGCCGAGUUCCUGCCGCCCGGCGCCGCAGGCGCACCACGCAGCACGGCGGGAGGUGGUACAAGCGGCACCUGACCUACCGGGUGGUGAACUGGCCGUCCUACCUGCCGCAGCGCGAGGUGCGCCUGGCCGUGAAAGCUGCCUUCGAGCUCUGGAGCAACGUGUCCUCGCUGGUGUUUUGGGAGGCGCAAGAUGGCCCAGCUGACAUCCGCCUGACCUUCUUCCACGGGGACCACAACGAUGGACUCAACAACGCCUUCGAUGGACCAGGAGGUGCCCUGGCUCACGCCUUCUUCCCCCGGCGCGGAGAAGCCCACUUUGACAGCGCUGAGCGCUGGUCGCUGCACAGCGGUAAGGGGCGCAAUCUCUUCAUCGUGGUGGCACACGAGGUCGGUCACACGCUGGGGCUGGAGCACUCCGCUGUCAAGAGCGCCCUGAUGUCUCCCUACUACAAGAAGCUCAGCAAGGAUUUUGUCCUCAGCUGGGAUGACAUCUUGGCUGUCCAGAACUUGUACGGGAAACCCUCCAAGGGCUCAGCCAUCCAGCUCCCGGGAAAGGUCUUCACUCACUUCCAGGACUGGAGCACAGACCUUUAUGGUGGGGACCAGCAGCAGAGGAGCCUCAGUGCCUAUUACUGCCACUCUUUCUUCGACACCGUAACUGCAGAUGUGGAUCACAACCUCUACAUCUUCAAGGGCAGCCACUACUGGGUGGUGCCGGUGAGUGGCAAUGCCAGUGACCCUCGGCCUCUGCAGACGCGCUGGCCUGGCCUCCCCGCCGGCAUCGACGCCUGCGCCUGGUCCCCGCUCAGUGGCAAGUUUUACUUCUUCAAAGGAGGCCGAUGCUGGCGCUACGCGGGCUCCACCUUGGAGGCAGGCUUCCCCCAGAAAUGCAGCGCCCGCGGCCUCCCGCGGCACCCCGACACCGCGCUCUACUUCCAGCAUCUCCGGCGCCUGGUCCUCUUCAAGGGACCCAAGUACUUUGUGGUCAGCGAGGAGACCCUCAGGGUGGAGCCCUACUACCCCCGCAGCCUGCGGGACUGGGAGGGUUUGCCCCCCGGCACGGCGGGUGCUCUCACCCACCGCGAUGGCUUCAUCUACUUCUUUCGGGAUGACCAGUACUGGCAAUUCGAUCGGGCGAAGCUGCAAGUGGUGGCCACAGGCAAAUGGGCCACCCAGCUGCCCUGGAUGGGCUGCUGGGAUGCAAACGCUGGGCAGGUCAUCUUCUAAGCUGAGCGUGCCGGGAUGAAAUGGGGCGGCUGAAUCCCACCUCGCUCACCGCUGCUCAGAUCCAUCUUUAAGUGACUCUGAAUUCCUAUCGCGGACGGCUGUGAAGGGUCCCACACUUUGCGCGUGAAAGCCACAGUCGAUGGAGCGAUGCCGACAGCCCAGGCAGGACUGCCACAGCUGAGGGGGCUGCAAGCUUUGGGAGACAAUGUGUUUUUUU